UUUUUCAUUAACAACUUUUUCACCUUCGGGCAAGCUUGUUCAAAUUGAGUAUGCAUUGAAUGCAGUUGCUCAAGGUGUAACAAGCAUUGGUAUUAAAGCUACAAAUGGUGUCAUUGUUGCCACUGAGAAAAAAACAGCAUCACCAUUGAUUGAUGAUUCAUCACUUGAAAAAGUUGCAAAUGUUUGUCCAAAUAUUG